CCGGGGCGGUCGGGCGCUGUAGUCCUGUGUUCGUUGGACGGAGUUACCGUCCACUGCUGGACCACGAGUCCCAUGGUGCCCAGCGGAAACCGCGCAGACGCAGUGAAGCGGAGCCUAUUAGUCCCGGAGGCUAAGGAGCCUUGACUGGGUCGAGCGGCGUCUGGAGGGUCGCCUAGCGGGCUUGCGGAGAGGCGGAAGAGGGAGGUCGGCACCAUGUCGAGGCAAGCGAACCGUGGCACCGAGAGCAAGAAAAUGACUUACUCCUUUUACUGAAAACAUUUUACCUGUCAAGAGAAACAGUAUUUUUUCCUGUGCUGAGCUCUGAACUCUUCACCCUGACCUACGGAGCUCUUGUCACCCAGCUAUGCAAAGACUAUGAAAAUGAUGAAGAUGUGAAUAAACAGCUAGACAAAAUGGGCUAUAACAUAGGAGUCCGACUGAUUGAAGAUUUCUUGGCACGGUCAAAUGUUGGGAGAUGCCAUGACUUUCGGGAAACUGCAGAUGUCAUCGCCAAGGUGGCGUUCAAGAUGUACUUGGGCAUCACUCCAAGCAUCACUAACUGGAGCCCAGCUGGUGACGAAUUCUCCCUCAUUUUGGAAAAUAACCCCUUGGUGGACUUUGUGGAACUUCCUGAUAACCACUCAUCCCUUAUUUAUUCCAAUCUCUUGUGUGGGGUAUUGCGGGGAGCCUUGGAGAUGGUCCAGAUGGCAGUGGAGGCCAAGUUUGUCCAGGACACCCUGAAAGGAGACGGUGUAACAGAAAUCCGGAUGAGGUUCAUCAGGAGGAUUGAAGACAAUCUCCCAGCUGGAGAAGAAUGACCGUCCUUCCCAGGACUCGAGAGUAGCCAGCAAGAGCACUUGUUGGAGUCAGGAAGGCUCAGUGCCUUCUGCCUCUAGAACUCAGUGACUCUAACAUGGAUGUUAUAUGUUCUAACAUUGUUUCCAUUUUCCAUGCUAAUAAAGAGCAGACUGAUACAGUCCAUUUUCCCUACAAGUAUGCACAUUCGAAGGGGGAUUCUUUGUUCCCUUUCCCUUCAGAUGGGCUGGAUGUACUCAUCCUUGGUUGGACUAGAAAGAGCUCAAAGCAUUUUAUAUUUCUGCGUGACUUUUCCAAAGCAUACUUCCUUUGACCUGGUUAAGAGACAGGCCGGAGCUGGGCAUGGUGGCUCCCACCUGUAAUCCCAGCACUGUGGGAGGCUGAGGCAGGAGGGCCACAAGUUUGAGCCCACCCUGGGCAGUUUAGCAACUUAGUGAGGCCCUGCCUCAGAGUGAUAAAUAAAAAGGGCUGUGGGUGUAACUCUGUGAAGGCUCUGGUUUCAAUCCCCUGUACUGAAGAAAAAAAAAAGUGACAAGCCUGCCACAUUCACUCCUGAGUCUUCAUAAAGCUCUUGGCAAAUGGCUGUAGGGAAUCUGGGGCUUGGGGUUGAAGGGCUGGGAGAGGGUGGGUAGGAAUUAUUAGCUUUAGUGUGAUGCUCUGUAGAGUUUGGCAGGACAUGGGAGCCAGUCAUGUCGGAAACACCGGUUUCUGGGAAGCCACCCAGGUCUCAUUCCUUCCUGCUGUUUGGAGGUAAUAUCUCCUCUUUUUACAGAGGGUUCAUCCUUUUUUCUUACAAAUUCUUCAAUAAAGACACAUUCUUGAGUGGAA